CCUGCUGCAGCACAGUCAAUCGCGGAGGAAGUUUUCGGGGCACCUCCGCGGAUCUAUGAGCGUAUCGUGUAAAAGUUUUCCGAGUGGUUUUGUUCGUUUUCUUUUAAAGCUUCGCCUAAUUCGGAGCAUUAUCUGAAGCGCGCACCGUUUGCCAUUUAACUGUAUCGCGGCGGAGUCGCGUAAUCAUCGACCACCUUUCUCCCAUUGUCGCGUAACAUAAAUUAGCAGCUGUGGCCGUCAGCAAGUGACUCCGUGGUUUUUCCGAGUAAAUUUUCAAUUUCGCGCAUAGCCGACAGCCAAAAGAUGUUUGGAUCGCGAUAAACAAUCGCAGUAGCUGAGCCACCACACAAACUACUCGAAAAUUGAAUGGUCGACGGCGACGGGCGCAAUGAGUUCACGCAUAAAGGAAGACGUUCAGAGACUGUUCGAGUUCUGGUGCGAGUUAAAGCAGAGCAGCGACGGGCCGCGAGCGCCAGCCACGAUCACGGAAUGUUUCCCGGAGUCGUUCCGCGACAGCCAGGUCCUGGCCAAGAUCGGCGACUUCGCCUACCCUUGUGAAUUUGAAAACUCGUCCGUGCAUUCCUACUCGUUCGUGUGGACCAGUGACGACUCCAAAUUUCGGUUUGGUUUCUGCAGACAUGACCCGAAGACGCGCAGUGCAAUGGUCUUAAUAACGUACCUUCCGUGGCACGACACAUUUCUCAAGCUGCUGGCCGUGCUGAGCGAGCUGCGGCGCAACCAGAACGGCGAGUUCCAAGCGUUUCUGUCGGAAGCCUACAACAAAGGCGUCCCGGAACGCGGAAGCAGCCUCAAAUUAUUCUACAAUUCAGGCCAAAAUCACUUCACAUUUCAACGCCCCUCGCAGUUCGAACUUCCCAGUAUUCCGGAAAAUCAUAAUUUAAAUUUGUAUUAUAACUUCGUGGAUCCAAAGAAUAUGAUUGCAGUAUUUGCAGCAAUGUUAUCUGAACGUCGUAUAAUCUUCACAUCGCGUCGUUUGGAUCGGCUCUCUUCAUGUAUACAAGCAGCUAAUGCAUUUCUGUACCCUAUGGUAUGGCAGCACAUUUUCAUUCCAAUCUUACCGAUGAAAAUGAAAGAUUUCCUCUGUGCGCCAAUGCCAUACCUCAUAGGCGUUCCAGAAGCUGUCUUGCGCACGAUGACUCCCGAAGAAUUAGGCGAAGUAGUCAUUUUAAACUGUGAUAAUAAUGAAUUUAAAAAUCCAUUCGACGACGUACGGCAAAUGCCACCUGAAUUAGUGUCGCAAAUGAAGAAAUACCUUGGAAAUUCGAACGAGCUUAUUGGCGAUAGAAUAUCCAAGAUUUUUCUACGAAUUUUAGUGCAAUUAAUUGGAGGCUACAGGGAUGCUGCCAAAUAUUCACAAGGACAAAAAAUCACUUGGGAUCGUGAUACAUUCAUCGAAUCACGACCGCCACAUUUGCGAAAUUUCCUAACGCGUAUGAUGGAGUUACAGAUAUUUCAGCAAUUUAUCGAUGAACGCUUAGAUAUAUUGAAUUCCGGACAAGGAAUAUCGGAUGAAUUCGAAAUGGAGACAUUACGAUACACCGACAAGAUGGGAAAGAAGGGGAAGAACUAUCGAGAUUUCCUGCGAAACGUUAAGGAUAAGAUAAUGACGAAAAAUUGGACCUGCCAUCUAAAUUUAGUGACUAAUCCGGCAGUGAAGUCUGCGGUUAAAUCGGUCAAAGAAGGGAGUCGUGGGGUAAAGUCAGCCUAUAAAGACCUUAAAUCUAAAUUACGGGACAUUACACCUCCAAAGUCACAGUUUCACAUAUCAGCAUCCUCGCCCAAUGAUACAGACGUAUCGGAUUCCCAGCACCAUCAACGACAUCAUUCAGCCCCAAAUUCUCCAGUGUUUCUAAAGCGUGGCCUGAACAAUGACUUGUCUCUGGAAGCUGGUCGCAAGCCAUUCUCAUCGUACACGCAAUCUUCAAAUUCUCAUGCGGCUAAAAAUGGCUUUACUCUCUACGCAAGCCAACAUGUGAUGCAUAAUAAUAACAAUAUCAAUCUAAGUAGUUGUAAUAGUCCAAUGAACAAAAGUCCUACAGUAAGCCCGUCAAGUUCACUGUGCUCUUCCGAUAUGAAUAUCUCGCAGGAAUUACAAAAUCAUCCGUUGUUCAAAUCACCAAAUGUUGAUCGAAGCUUGAAACCGAGCAACAGUUUGGAAUACUCAAGCUAUCGUUCUACACCGCCACGGUUGGGUGCACCAAUCGUCACACCCACUAUUGCUUAUACAGAGUCAAGCUCCGAACAUGCGACAUCCAAACCAAAUUCAUCAACCGCAAAUCUGUUUGCUAUUGAUGACGUUGACAACGAUUCACCAACCGGAACGACACCAAGUACAGCAAUUUCCACUGCCCAGAGCAAAAGCUCACUAUUCUCGACUGAAACAAAAUUUGAUUCGCCCCCUGAUAUGCCGCCACCACCAAUUCCCCCAAAACGCCGAAAUGGUAGUUGCGGUAACCUAAGUAGUCGCCUCGGUCAACAACCAUCGAGACUACAAGAGUUUAACAGUAGUCGUAGUGAUAACAAUCAAGUAGCACUUAAUCAUUGCAAUGACAGUACAGGUAAAAUGGCACCACUUAUCUUUGAAAAUAAUCAUUUUGCAAGUGGAAAUACGACGUUGCCGAUCACUGCUCCUACUUCUUCAGGACCACAAUACACACGUAGUCUGACAAAUGGCCCUGCGCCUAUACCAGCACCCAGACACAAGACGCAGGAGCCGCCAAAAUCAGACCCAGAAAUUGUCAAAGAUCUCAUAUCCUUAGAUGAAAGCAACAGUAGUUUCGACCUUUCUGAUUUAGAUCCGCUGAAUCAGAAUGCGAAACCCAUUCCAGGUCUUCUGUCUCAAUCCGCGAGCUUCACAAGCAACAUGAAGGCGACAACAUUACCUUCCACCAGUAACACUACUUUUAGCAUAAGUAAUCCUUUAUACCCAGAAUUUAUUCCACGAUUGCGAAACGAGUCUCCACAAACCACUGUAAUCAAUCCCCCAAGGGAUUCCGAGAGCGAAUUGCUCCGACAAUAUGGUUUGGAUAAAUUCAAUCUUAUAAAUGGAAGUGCUACGACCCUGGCAACAGGACAGCAAACAGCAGAUCCUAAACGCAAUUGGACGACAUUCGAUUGACGCAAUGCCAAGCACAGAGCCUAAAAGUCAGAUGAGGAACAAACAACGGAAAUGACCAUGUUUUAUAUUAUUCUCUACAUAGCAUUACCAUAAUUUUAUUGAUAUCAAUUCUCUAUAAUAUAUUUUUAGUAGCUAAGAAUAUAAAUCGCGUUAGUUUUCACAAAAAGCAAAAAAAUAAAAAUAUAUUUCCAACUCGCAAUUAUCAGUACUCAAUUUUUGCGAUAUGAUUAGGAGAAACAUUAAGUUACUACAGAAAUAUCAAAACAACGGAUUAUCCACUCAAAAUGCGUCAAUUGUACAUAUAUUAUAUAAAAGACUCAAAAUUUAUUCCUAUUAAUAUGAUAUUGGCAUAUCUAAGCUUAAUCUUCGUUUCCUGUUUGAUUAUUUAAUAUUAAAUUAAUUUUGUAAUUACAUAAUGAUUCGCAGCAGAUUUGUUUUUGUUGAGCGGACAUGUAUGAGAAGCACUCUUAAGACAGCUACGAGUACAUAGAUUUCGAAUCAUAUAUAAGAGUGCAGUAUAGCUAGUAAUAGGGAGAACGAAAUGUAUUAUAUGUCAUUAAUCAAAAUUAUAUUUUGAUUAUGGGUCAAUCAUAGUGAAAGAUAAAUAUAUAAAAAUUUACAAAACAGAUAAU